AUGGCAACUGCUGGUAACAGCCCUAGCGCGAUCUCUGCGGAGCGAGACAACGGCGCCCAGCGAUUGGUUGGAAGUGCCGCCGCCGAGUAUCGCGACACUUGUCAAAGAGGCAUCGACGGUGACGAGGGGGGCGGCCUACGAGGAGUUGUGUGGACGGACUGCGCUCAGCUAAUAUUCAUGAUCUUUGCGCCAGUCACUGUCAUCGCAAAAGUUUUCAUCGACAUGAAAGCUUCCCACUGGAACGUACAACCUCUCACAGACUUUGACAUCCGCAAGUACAUGGGAAACUUCGCGCUCGAUUUCUCGCACGAUGAGACAGCGUGGGCAACAUUUCUUGGGUCCGCAGCUAUUUCGCUGUACAGGAUCGGCCUCGACCAGGCCGUUGUGCAGCGGUGCAUGGCCUCCCGAACACUGGCAGAAGCUCAGAGGAUGGUUCAAGUGGGAACACUUCUCCUGGUCGCAACAUACCUAAUGGAGGUUUCCAUGUCUCUGGCGUUGAUUUUUUGGUUUAGGGGCUGUGAUCCACGGCUGAGCGGCGCUGUCGCAAGUUAUGACCAGAUCCUGCCAUACUAUGUGAAAACCUACUUGAUAAAAUUCAGGGGAUUCACUGGAAUCUUUCUCACUUCUAUCGUCAGCGCCGCGUUAAGCACGACAUCGUCCAUCGUCAACUCGCAAGCUGCCGUCCUCUAUGUCGACAUACUCUCUCCGCACUUCAAGAUCUUCGAAUCUAAUGUCCGUUGGACAACCCGCGGCAUCGCAUUUCUUCUGGGAGCCCUUAUGACGGCCUACAGCUGUGUCUGUGUCUACAUGGGGUCCCUAACGAGACUUGUCAUGAUGGCGUACGGAGCCGCCACCGGUCCCUUCGUGGGACUUUUCAUUCUGGCCACAAUGUUCCCGUUCGUGCAUUCCAAGGGAGCUGGAAUAUCUACACUGCUCAUGAUCGUUGGACAACUUUUUGCCAUGUGGCGGUCACUCAGCAGCGGCAUCAAACCGCCGCACAUGCCGGUAUCGCUCGACUAUUGUCCUGGCAACGCUACCGCUACGUCUCUUCUCACAAAUUUCACGGAGCCGUUUUCCUCGAGCAAGUAUGUGCCAGUCACUCAUGCCACGAAUUUUAGUCGAAGUCUAAGCAGUGCGAUGGACGAGUUAAACCAGAGCGUGAACGAUGAAGCGGUGACCAUGGGCUAA